CUGAUUGAGUAUACUUGUCAUUGCUAGCACUGAAAUUCCCUUUCUGUGUUGUAAAUUUAGAAAUUAUUACAUAUUUGUUUCAAUUUAUCAUUUAAUGCAGUUCCUUAAACUACCAUGUAAAUUAUUUGUAUGUCCUUUCAUAUCUUUAGUAUUUUGUCCAUAGUUUUUACCUUAUCACUGAAUGAUAGUCAUGCAAUAUCUCUUGCAGUACAAGCUGGAUGUAGUGUUGACCCAGUUAAUUAUUUCGGAAAUGAGCAUGUCAGCUCCAUGAUUCAGCCUAAUAAACGCAGCAAGGAAAUGGAAGAUAUGUCAAAACAAAGACUUCAGAUUUCCUUAAAUUACAAUGUCAAUCAAAAGGAUGCUGAUCGAUUAGCAAGUAUUCAAAAUCCGAACCCUGUGUCAACAGGAUUGAGGCUUUCAUAUGACGAUGAUGAACAUAACUCAUCUGUUACUUCUGCUAGUGGCAGCAUGGCUGCCACACCGUCUAUCAUACUGUCUCUUGGUGAUAAUAUCAGAACUGAGCUUGAUAGGCAGCAAGAAGAGUUGGAUCAUUAUAUCAAACUUCAGAAGGAACAGUUGUCAAAGGGGGUGAGAGACAUGAAGCAAAAACACAUGACUGCUUUCAUCUCCUCCAUUGAGAAAGGUAUUAGUGCAAAGCUAAAGGAAAAAGAUGUGGAGAUAGAAAACAUGAACCGGAAAAACAGGGAGCUGGCAGAAAGAAUAAAGCAGGUGGCUAUUGAAGCACAGAGCUGGCAUUACAGAGCAAAGUACAAUGAGUCAGUUGUGAAUGCAUUAAGGAACAACCUACAGCAGGCAAUUUCACAAGGUGCUGAACAAGGGAAGGAAGGGUUUGGAGAUAGUGAAGUUGAUGAUGAUGCCUCGUAUAUAGAUCCUAAUAACUUCCUAAACAUACAGGGUGCGCCUAUAAACUCUACUCACAAGAGGUACCAAGAUGCAGAGAAUCUGACUUGCAGAGCUUGCAAGGCAAAGGCAGUUUCUAUGUUGUUGAUGCCUUGUAGGCACCUGUGCUUGUGUAAGGAUUGUGAGCAAUUUAUCAAUGUUUGUCCCGUUUGCCAAUUGAUAAAAACUGCAAGUGUUGAGGUGUAUCUGUCUUAACUUACAAAGUGUAAGUAUUUAAACAAGAACGGGAUAUAAGUCACUGUUUUCUUUGUGUGAUUUAUCUACCUAAAGUUCUUAAUGUUCAA